AUGGCUACUUCCCGCUUGGACAGGAUUCGUACCGCGGUUUCCAAUGUGCAGUUUGGGGUGUCAGAAGACUUCGCAUCGCGCCGCUGGAAAGGGCCCAUCGCCACAAUACGAGCUGGCCUCAAAGAUUCGACCAUUAGGCACAGGAUUCCUCGCAAGAAUCGAAGCCGCGUACCGAGACAAGACGAAAGCCGCUUCGUUGGCUACAUUUUGAAAGAGGAGGAGACUGCCCGCUCUCCCAUGACACCAAUGGAUCUCAUGGAUUUCGUCUAUUGUUACCUAAGCGCAAAUGGGGAUACCGCGCCCCUGGAAAAUGACUUUAUUGCCAAUUUCCUGCACCGCAACCCUGAGAUUGAGUUGGCUGAAGACGGCUAUCUUCGUGUUGUUACUGAAGCUAGCGACGAGGAGGAGACCGAUACACAGAUGGAGUGUGAUUCGGAUGAUUCCGAAAAUCCAAACGUUCUCGUACCAUUUGUCAGUCAAUUUCCGUUCCGCGUUAUAUCAAAAGAAGUUGAACAGGAUUCAGAAGACGAUGAAUCUGAAGAAACAGAUGAUCCAGGCGAAGAGAUAGAGGAUAUAGAGUGUCAAUGA